UAAAUGUUUUUUUAAAAUGGUUAUUAAAUUAUCACUUUUAAAAUCUGUCACAGUGAAGAAAGACAUCCAGGAGAGCUACAAUCGAUACUUAAAAAGCCUGUCCAGAUCAGUACAGUGAAUGCAGGAACUGAACAGAAGACUCCAAUCAGGUAAGAGUAUAUGUGUUUUAAAAUACACUGUAUAUCUGGAGAUAUCAAAUUUGGAAAUCACACUGUUUUCCUCUGUGUAAGUCAAUUUCACCAUCUUUAUUCUUCCUUUAUUCACAAGCUGAAUAAUUAUUUGUAGAGCACACAAUCUUGCAAUUACUGAUUACACCUGAUGCAGUGUGAAAUACUGUUAAGAAUCCAUGGCUAGAGAGAUGGUUCAGUAGAGAAAGUGCUUGCCAUGCGUGUGUCAGACUGGGAGUUUGGAUGCCCAGAAGUCACAUGAGUCCUGAUGGUCUCAUGUGCAUCUGUAAUCUUGAGGAACUUAGAGUGAGUUGGAAGGGAGACAGAGAAUCCCCCAAAUUUGACUCAAUAAUUAUUUGGGGGUGUGCAUUCAUGGACAAGACACAGCAACAAAAAUAAGGUUGAAGGUGAAGGUUGACCUUCCCCGCAGUUUGUACUCUAAUUGCCAAUCUAUGCACCCUGGCAUGCAUGUAUGUACCUGAAAUCACAUAUGCAUGCAAGUGCACUGCCCAUAACAUGCUAUGCACAUGUAUUUAAAGUAUCAGCUUCAGGUCAUUCAUUCAGAUCACUAGUAUGUUUGGGCCAAGUUAUCUGUUGGCAGGAGUGUGAGUAACAAGGCAGGGUUCAAGACUCUCCCAGGCAUUGCUGAAGAUCUCUUCAGAAUGGCCUUAUGGACAUGUUCUGCACAGACAUAAAGAGCCUCCUCAAUGAGUUCCACAAUGGUGCUGAAAACCAAGGUCGGUGGAAGCAAAGGAACAUCUGCCAAAGAGCCAGAACAGAGAAACAAAAAGCUUGUGAGAGUCAACACAGUGAAGAAAGACAUCCAGGAGAGCUACAAUCGAUACUUAAAAAGCCUGUCCAGAUCAGUACAGUGAAUGCAGGAACUGAACAGAAGACUUCAAUCAGUGAAGCUAUGCCUUUGAAGCAGAUGAAGUCUGUUAACAGAACAAAGUCUGCAGAGUUCCGUGAAGAAGUGGAUAACAAUAUCGAACAGAAGCCUUUAUCCAGGCUCUCUCACAAACCUGAUCCUGAUGUCCCUGGGACUACAAUAGAAGACAAUGACAGUACCUCUGUUGUUAAGAAAAUAACUCAAGACCAAGAAAAAACUAAAUGUGACAGUGAAUAUAAAACUGUCGGUCUUCAGCCUCCCUCUGAGGACGCAAUUGAAGAAAAAUGGGUACGGAUAGUUGCAACACAGUAUUCAUAUCUUAACCAGUACCUCAGAGAAAGAUUCAAGGAGAAGAUGAAAGAAGGUUUUGAAUCUGAUACAUCUGAUGACGAACUACUACCUAGUACCUCUGGAGGAAGAACACACUCAAUGCAGAAAAUGUCCUCAAAACAAGAAUACACAUCCACACAAUCAGAACAUUUCUCUGAAAAAAAGAGUAAGGAGGAGAUGUGGGCCCAGAUGAGUGCACACCAGUAUGCAUGUCUUAACGAAAUUCUCAGGAAAGAUUUCAAGAAGAAAAUGCGUAAAAUGUAUGAAAAGUCUGAAAGCAACAUCUGUUCUAACAGAGUGCCAAUUCCCAGUAAGCCCAAAGAGAAAGCAUACUUAAAGCAGAAAAUGACUGAAGAAAAGAAGAAACAUGAUGGACAAGAUGCACGUGUGCAUUCAAGACUUCCUUUGGUCAGGAGGAAGGAGGACGUGAAGGAGCAAGCUGAUUGGCACCACACACAACUGAAUGAACUCCUCAGAAAUGAUAUAAAGGAAUUAAUAAAGGAGGAAUUGGCUACAGGGCAUGCAAAGAUGAGGGAACUCCUCAGAAAGGAUCUAGAGGAAAUUAGGGGAAUACUCAAGAAGGAAUUAAGACAACUAUUUGUGGAGGAGAUGGCCCUGCUGCAAGAGCAGGAGCACUGGAAUCUGCAGUACCUGAAGGAACUCUUUAGAAGGGAAUUAAAAGAGAUGGUUCGGCAACAGGUUAAAAAUUCCAAAAUUAUCAUUUGUCCUAAAGAAGAGCCACUACCUGGUGCCUCUAAAGGAACUGCAGACUACCAGAGAACAUCUCUGGAACAAAGAAAAAAGAAAAAACAUGGAAGUGACCAUGACAGUGCCCCUUCACAUUCAGAAAAGCCCUCAGUGCAAACUGAAGAAGAAGUCAUUGGUGGGCAGAGUGAUUCCCGCCGUAUGCCUCUAAAGGAACUCAUUAAAGAAGAUUUAAAAGAAGCACUUUGUGAAAUACUUGAAAAAUAUAAAUGUGAUACAUGUAUGAAGAAAGAACUACCUCAUAUCCGUAAUGGAAGAAAACAACUAAGGAAAAUAUCUACAAAACAAGAGCUAAGGAAGAAAUAUGACAGUGAGUCCUUAUAUUCAGAGCAGCCUGCUACCAAGACAGUGAAGGAAAUGGAGCAUGAGCACAGUGAAUUGCAGCACGUGCAUCUUAAGGAACUCAUUAAAAAAGAUUUAAAGGUGAAAAUUUGUGAUGUGCUUGGAAAAUACAAAAAUGUUUGCCCCAAGAAAGAAGGACUACCUCGUGUCUCUAAGGGGAAAACAAGAUUAAAGAAAAUCACUGAAGAUCAAGAAAAGGAGAAGUGCAAUGUUGAAUAUGCAUCUUUAUGGUCAUGGCCUUCUGUGAAAACUGAUGAGGUGACAAUAGACCAGCAGAAUUCACUACAGUACAAACACCUUAAAAAAUACAUCAGAGAAAAUGUAAAGGAGAUGGUUCAUGAACAACUUGAAAAUGCUGAACUUAUUAUUCAUCCUAAGGAAGAGCCUGUACCUGAUGACUCUAGAAGAGAAAUAUCCACAAAGGUUAAAGAAAAGAAGUCAGGGUAUCUGCAUAUACCCGUUUUCGAGUCUUUUGAGCACAGAAUCGCUGCACUGCGGGCUACCGCACACGUUGAACCAGCUCCUGCUGCCUGCCCUCGUGAUGCAGGUGACUUGGGUGACAUGGACAAGGCUUUCAAGGCUCAAUUGGCCCGUGCAGUUGCUUUGGCUGACAGCACUGAGCACCAAAGAUGGCAACCGCACACUGACCCUGAGCUUGCUCCUGGUCACCGCACUGGUGACGCCAGGGACCCUCCUCACAAUGCUGACCUGGCUCUUGACAAGCUCAGUAUUGAUCUAGAAUCUGCUCCUCUCUGUGGUCCCAGUGACACUAAGGAUCCUGCUAAUGACGCUGACCUAGCUUUUCACACUGCACAUCCAACUGGCCGCUUCAGACCAAGCAUGAGCACCAACAACAGGUCUGACCUAUACAUGGGUGAUAUACCAGAUUCUACAAGGGUAGUCUGGAGAUCUUACCAAGAAGCUUCCAGUAAAAAGAACGAUGGCCAGGUUGGUGCUGCAGUUGAUUGACAGUCCUUUGAAGCAGUCAAAUUGAUAUCUACAUUAGCAAGAAUUUUAAAACAUAUAGAAAUUCAAAAGAAAAAUAUUCCUCUGAAAGAGGACAUUCUAUAUAUUGAACUCUGUACACAAAUUUUUAAUGAUUUUCAAUUAAAAUAUACUAUGAAAAAUUUUAAA